CGCAUGGCGUUACCUAGCGUGUGCCUCUCUCUUUCCCCCCCUCGCACGGGCCAGGCUGAGCACGCAGAGGAGCCUGGAGAAGGCCAGCCCCCCCAGCUACUCUUCUAAUGCCGCCCCUUCAUCUUCACAUCCCUACAGGCCGCCCGAACACGUCCUGGCCAAGUUCGACGACUUUCCCCUCAGAAAGACAGCGUCCGAGCCCAACAUCUGCUUGAAGGCGCGACACAAACAGCGCGUGAGCAACGAGCGACGCCCGUCCCCCCUCGUGCGGCGCAAGGACCGGCCUCCGGGACCCAUCAAGAGGCGUCAGACCUACACAGCAGUUGAGAGCGGCUCGACGCCAGACAGCGGGCAGAGUUCCCCGCCCAACGGCCUGCCAGCAUCAAGGUCGUCCUCGGGAUCCACGCCCAUCCACGAGGAGGGCGGCGGGUCCCCCUACGGCCCCCAUGGAGGCGGAGGACAAGGCUCGUGCUCCGACCUCACCCUCUAUUCCUCGCCGUCUCUCCCCAAUAUCUCGCUAGGCCGUCCUCCACAUUCCACGCAACCCGAAGGGGUAAAGCUACCUAUGGUGUCUGAGGCAGACAUGCGUGCUACCCUGACGGCUCACAUAGCAAUGCCUCUCACAGGUCAUGCUGUUGCUCCCAACAUGCCAUAUUACCCAACACUCCCAGUGAUAGAUGGUGAAGGAUACAGUUCGGGAGCAUCCACUGUGGGUCGUCAACAGCUGGUCACAGCCAUGGAUACUAGUCCAGGUGGCGGAAUCAUGAGAGGAGGCAUCUACCACCCCAGUGCUGUCCCUAACAUGAGUGAAGCACAGGUUCGACCUGGCCGGACCCUGCAGAGGCCCUUAGGCAGAACACAUUCGUCCCCACUACCUUUAGGCCAUCCCAUGCUGGCAGCAACACCUCCAACCUUCCUCCCACAUGGCCCACCCUCAGCCCACCAGUAUGACCCCAAGCAUGCCAUAGAGCACCACCAGCAUAAUCUUCUGAAACAGCACAUUCGACAGACAGUAUUGAUACGGAAGGGAAGCAACAACCAUGUGGAGAACGUUGCUGAGGAAACAGAGGCAGCCGUUGCCCAAGCCAUUGCACAUGAAAAAACACCGGAGGAAGAAGAAGAAGAGGCACUGCAUGAGGAGGAACCAGAGGUGAUAGAUCUGACAGAACGCAAGAUAGAGGAGAGCCUGAUAGCCAGGCAACAGCGAGCAGUUUUCCUGCAGCAUCGUGACUCACUAACAGCAAAACCUCCACCUUUACACUCCACAACAGGUGAGGAAUUUCUCUAAUAUUAGUAAUCCUUU